AGCUUCUUCUAACAAUUAAUUACCUGACACUGGUAGGUGUGCCACUUACUUGUCGUGUGACUUUUAUUCCGCCUCACUUCCCCUAGACAACUCCAGGUUACUCUUAUCUAAGCCCGACCUGUGCAUAGAACUUGUAAGACGUACCUUAGGUACGGUACGGUACCUACACCUAUCAAACAUGGCUCAACACGAAGCAUCAAGUCCCCAACUCCACCCCGGCGAUCAGCACGAGAUCCCCAGCGUUGAGGCCCACGGGUCCUUCGACUCGCUGAAGGACAGGAUCAAGACGCAUUACGAAAUCGCGUCGGACUACUACUACUCGUUAUGGGGCCAACAUAUCCACCACGGCCUCUUCAAGUCCGCCAGCGAGACUAAGGAGCAGGCCCAGGUCAAUCUUAUUAACUAUCUGCUCGAGAUUUCUGCUCUGCCCGCUGGCGCUAAGGUCCUGGAUGUCGGCUGCGGCGUCGGCGGCACGAGCCGGUUUCUUGCGCGCGAGCGCGGUUGCACGGUCACGGGCAUCACGAUCAGCGGGCGGCAGGUCGAGAUCGCGAGGCAGGUAACUGAGACGGAGACGGGCGGUUCCCCGCCUUCACCGGGAAGCUUCGCGAAGUAUGCCGAUGAGAAGGGGAAGGAAGGAGGUAAGGUCCGCUUCCUCGAGCUUGAUGCCGAGAAGAUGCUAGAUCACUUCCGUCCGGCUGCUGGUGAGGCAGAGACGUUCGAUUGCGUCUGGAUAUCGGAAGCGCUGUCGCAUCUUCCGGAUAAGAAGCUCUUCUUUUCUUCAUCAUUCUCCCUGGUGAAGAGUGGAGGAUUACUCGUUAUUGCCGAUUGGUUUAAGGCGCCGGUUCUAUCGCCCGAGCAGGAGAGUACUGAUAUCAAGCCCAUUGAAGACGGCAUGUUACUUCCCCGACUCUACACUGCGGACGAGUAUGUUGCGCUGGCAACGCAGGCGGGAUUCCGAGCCCGUAAGGAGCCGGUUGAUAUAAGUAAGGAUGUGGCUAAGACAUGGGAUAUAUCAUGGUCUCUUGUUUCCUCGCCUUCACUCUGGGCCUUUGCUAUAUCUCAAGGUAGGGACGGUCUUGCGUUCUUGCAGGCAUUUAGGGCGAUGAGGAGAGGUUACGCAAAUGGGACAUUUAGGUACGCGGUCAUGUGCUUUGAGAAGCCUUGAGUGCGAAAAUGUGAUGAUAGAGGAGACGGAGAUGGAUAUAUAUGUUGGUUGUGGGAUUGAUAGAGUGGGUGCACGUAGCUAUCAUCUCCCACCUAAUAUAUGACGAUCGGCUAUGAAGAUAUGUAGUAAGAUAGCGUCAUAUCUACUACUUAAGUCACUCAUCUGAUCGCAUAUCUUGUCGAACGAUGAGAAGAAGCCUCGUAUCUGGGGUGGGUAUAUUCGCUAAUACAAAGCCUUGACCCUUA